CAGAGCGGAGCGGCCAUGGCAGCAACGCGGCUGGCGGGGAUCUUGGCGCGGCCGCUGGGCGCGGCUGAGCCGCUGGCGCUGGGCUCGCUGCAGGGCAAAGUGCUGCUGGUGGUCAACGUGGCGUCGCUCUGAGGCACCACCACGCGCGACUUCCUGCAGCUCAAUGAGCUGCAGCAGCGCUACGGGCCCCGCGGGCUGCGUGUGCUGGGCUUCCCCUGCAACCAGUUCGGGCACCAGGAGAACGCCACCAACGAGGAGAUCCUGCGCUCGCUGGAGUACGUGCGGCCCGGCAACGGCUUCAAACCCAAUUUCACCAUGUUCGAGAAGUGCGAGGUGAACGGGAAGGGCGCGCACCCGCUGUUCACCUUCCUGAAAGAGGCGCUGCCCUUCCCGCACGACGACCCCACGGCGCUGAUGACCAACCCGCAGUACAUCAUCUGGUCGCCGGUGUGCCGCAACGACGUCUCCUGGAACUUCGAGAAGUUCCUCGUGGGCCCCGACGGCGUUCCCUUCCGCCGCUACAGCCGGCACUUCGAGACCAUCAAGCUGCAGGACGACAUCGAGCUGCUGCUCCAGAAGGUCCCCAAGGAGGCUCUGCAAUAAAGGAAAGCCUGCAUCUGCGUUGUACCGAGGGCCGCUGCUCUGGCUGAACCCCCAAUGUCCGUGCAAGCUUUGCUCGUGACGGUGCAUCUUCCAAACCCUCGAAGUGCGCCCGAUGUUUUCAAAGCUGCGUGUGAAAUGUUUGGGGCAACUCAGCCUGGGGAGCAGCACAUGAGUGUGGGCAAUGGUGUGGGGUUCUCUGAAUAAAGAAAAAGUCUGCUUUAA